GCUGCGCGUGGUGUUACGUCAAGACCAGCACAGCUGCUAUAAAGUGAAAUGAUCAUCAACAGACUGUUGAAGUCGUCGAUGGUCUGGGACUGAUUAGUCAGCUAUAGAUAGAUACUCAACAAGAAUAGAGAGAAAUUGUUAGGUCGAGACACUGACUUGUCUUCACAUAAAUUCGACUUUAAAAUGUUUUAUUCAAAUUCAUGGACCAAGUGCUUGAUAUGCCUUAUCUUUAUAACAAGUGGAAAUUCUGAAUGUCCCAAACCACAAGUGGAGAGAAAUCAAAAUGUCGUUCUAACGAAUGAUGCGCUCCUAAAGAACGAUUUUCCGGAGGGCUCGGAAGUAUUGUUUCAAUGUACCAACGGCUACAUGAAAGCGCAAGGAUCUGAAAGCAUCACCUGCACGAGUGGAGAGUGGAGCACCCUGGAAUUAAUCUGCAAACAGAAGGACUGCGGUGCACCCAAGGAGAUGCCACAUUUGACAUAUGAGUUUAAGGAAGGGACGCUUUUUGGUGCAUCAGCAAGAGCAAUUUGUGAUAAAGGCUAUCAAGUUCAGGGAUCAAGUUACAGGCAGUGUUAUGCCACAGGUUGGAGUGGAAGAUCAAGAUGUGAAGUGGUAACUUGUGAAGAACCUAUUGAUAUAAUGAAUGGCAUGAUCUCAGAGAAGCCUGACAAACAGUUUCCAGAGUAUGGGGAUGUCAUACAGUAUUCCUGUGAUGAAGGUUACACCCUCAUUGGAAACAUAUCCAUUGAGUGUGAAGAAGAUGGUGAAUACAACUCAUUCCCUCCUGCAUGCAAAGAUGUCAAUGACAUUCCUUUGAAACCAACAACCAUAUCAGCAUCAAUAACAACAUCGACUGUUCCACCCACAAUACAAGUUUCAGGGACGCAUCAUAGCAUUGGUGAACAUGACACCAACACAGCUACAAAUGUCAAUGACAUUCCUUUGAAAUCAGCAUCAAUAACAUCGACUGUUCCACCCACUAUACAAGUUUCAGGGAGGCAUCAUGAAAUUGGUGAACAUGACAUCAACGCAGCUACAAGGAAUGCAGCAGCCAUGGGAAGGGUGAUCGGCAUCGGCAUCGGCAUAGUCAUAGUCACAGUUAUACUUAUUGUGCUGUUCUUAUUAUAUUGUUUUCAGAAGAGGAAAGGCUCCUACCAGACAGGAGAAGACUCAAGAAGAAGAGGAGUUAUUACAAUUUCAAAAUUACUAAAUUGAAUGCCUACCCAAGGGCUAGGACUGCUCCUAUCUGCUAGUCUGCAUCUGUGUCCUUGAAAAGAAGUGCCCAGUAAUUGUCUCAGACCAUUCCCUGGUUGAACAAAGCCACUUAAUUUACAGUGCCCUUUACAUAUGUGACAUUACUGAAUGGAAGUUAUAAUUGUACUUUUUUUAUGAUGUAAUUAUUUUUUGAAAGUCCGUGUAAAUGUUUUAACCCUUUUUUUUUUAUGUAUUUAUAUUGAAAACUGGAACAUGUGUAAUAAAAAGCUUUUUGCCUUG